AUGUAUCUCGCGAAUGACUUGAUCCUCAUUUCACUCGGCACCGUCGUGUUGUCAGCGUUGAUCAAAAACUUCAUCGCCGUUCACAAAAGACACAUUGCCACAAUCCCCGGACCGUGGUAUACCAACUGGACGGAUCUCAUUCUAGAAUACCACUGGAUCAUCGGGGACAGACCAAAAUAUGUCCACGGACUACACCAGAAAUACGGCCCCAUUGUCAGGAUCAGCCCGGACGAAAUCGACAUUUGCGAUGUGAACGUCGUCAAGGAGAUGUCAAAGGCGGGCACGAAAUUCCUCAAAUCAGCCUGGUACGAUAAAUUGGCUGUCGGGGGCGCGAAGAAUAUCUUCAGCGUGCGGGAUCCCAAGGCACACAGUCUGCGGCGGCGAUUGCUAUCUGCACAUAUGACGGAUGCGUCGUUGCAGUUGAUGGAGCCGGUGGUGGUGGGCAAGGUGAAGCUUGCGAUUGACCGGAUGCAAAUGGAGAUGAAGCAGCGCGGGGCGAUAGACGUUUUCAAAUGGUGGUAUUUCACCUCAACGGAUAUCAUUGGUGAGUUGACGUUUGGGGAGUCAUUUCAGUUGCUCGAGCGAGGAGAGAAAACGCAAUUUGCCAUGGAUCUGGAGCGACUACCGAAGCUAGGGAUGAUUGGAACCGCAUUUCCUCGUCUGCUCCAGCUUGCGCGGCAGCUCCCAGUGCCUUAUUUCCAGGAUGCGCUGCAGUCUGGGAAGCGCAUCUCGGCAUACGCAGAGCAGUCUCUAGUGUCCUACAGGGAGUCUAUCACUCGGGAGCCAUCGCUUGCCAAACCAACUCUAUUCACGCGAUUGCUCCGCGCCAGCGAUAGCGCCGAUGCUUUGUCUGACAUCGACCUCACCAGUGAAGCACGGGGCUAUAUUGUUGGGGGAAGUGACAAUACGGCCGUCAGCUUAACCUAUCUUGUCUGGGCCGUCUGUCGUAACGUGGAGAUCAGACAGACACUUCUGCGUGAAUUGGAGACGCUCCCAAUGGAUUUCGGCGAUGAAGAGCUGAGGAAGCUCCCAUUUUUGGGGCAGGUCGUCAAGGAAACUCUGCGCCUAUACGCAUCGAAUCCGUCCAAUCGCCCUCGCAAUGCCCCAGCACCUGGUGCAUAUCUAUGUGGGUAUUGGGUUCCUGAAGAGGUGACGGUCUCCACGCAGGCAUAUAGCUUGCAUCGCGAUAAGGAAAUUUUCCCUGAUCCUGAAAGAUUCGACCCCUGGCGAUGGGCUUCGCUAACACCGGAAAUGAACAGGGCGUUUGUGCCGUUUGGUGGAGGAUCUCGAAUUUGUCUUGGCUUGCAUUUGGCAGUCCGAGAGCUUCGCUUGGGCGCUGCACAUUUCUUCCGUGCUUUUCCCACAGCCCGAAUGUCGGCUGCUGAGGGUAUGAGCGAUGGGGAUAUGGAGCAGAUCUGCUAUUUCAUCAUGUCGCCCAAAGGGAAACGAUGUCUGAUGGCAAUGUGA